AUGAGCUUCUUCUCCCAACUGACAGGAGCAUUGGACAAGCCAGGUUUUAAUUGGAAACUUCUGAUUGCUGGAUUUUCCAGUGCCGAGUUUGCGUUUGAAGCUUACUUGUCGUAUCGUCAAAUCAAAAAGCUUCAAGAGAAGGGACACCAAGUUCCUCAGAGUCUGAAGGGCAAAAUUGAGGAAGAUGUUGCUUUGAAGUCCCAGGAUUAUUCAUUCACCAAGCUCAAGUUUGGUAUCUUUAGUGACGCUGUCAACUUAUUAUACAACUUGACAUGGAUAAAGUUUGAUAUUCUUCCCAAGCUAUGGAACUUGAGUGGCAACCUAUUGGCUAAUAGUCUGGCGUUUUUACCGUGGAAAGGAACUUUGGUUCAAUCUCUUGUAUUCGUCAACCUUCUGAGUAUUGCAGGACUGGUUGUGUCCCUUCCGUUAAGUUAUUACUCAACGUUUGUGAUUGAGGAAAAGUUUGGUUUCAACAAACAGACGCUCAAGCUGUGGAUCACAGAUGCCAUCAAGGGUCUUUUAUUGAGCUUUGUGUUUGGUACCGCCAUUUAUGCCGGAUUCCUAAAAAUUGUCGAUUAUUUCAGCGAUACAUUCAUGUUUUACAUGUCUGUCUUCAUGUUUGUGAUUCAGAUAUUCUUCAUUAUCUUUUAUCCUAAGUUUAUACAACCAUUGUUUAACAAGCUGACUCCUUUGGAAGAUGGUGAAUUAAAGCAAUCCAUUGAGAAGCUUGCAGCUGAUCAAAAAUUCCCGUUGGACAAACUUUAUGUCAUCGAUGGCUCUAAGAGAUCUUCGCAUUCCAAUGCUUACUUUUUAGGUCUUCCUUGGGGAACUAAACAAAUUGUUAUUUUUGAUACUCUGAUUGAAAAGUCCUCCGUCGACGAGGUGACAGCUGUAUUGGGUCAUGAGAUUGGGCAUUGGGCUCUUUCUCACACAACCAAGUUACUGUUGAUCAAUCAGGUGCAGUUGUUUUCAAUCUUUUCACUUUUUGCCCUUUUCUUCAAGAAUAAGUCAUUAUACCAAUCUUUUGGAUUUUCUGGGCAGCCGGUAAUCAUUGGUUUCACUUUGUUUUCUGAUGUACUCAAACCAUUCAAUGCUGUCCUUUCGUUUGCUACAAACCUACUUUCCAGAAACUACGAAUACCAGGCUGACGAGUACGCUGUUGAUUUGGGAUAUUCUUCUGACUUAAGCAGUGCUCUAAUCAGCCUUCAUAAGGAGAAUCUUUCUUCUUUGCAUGUUGAUUGGUUGUACUCUGCUUAUAGUCACUCUCACCCUCAUCUUACUGAGAGAUUACAAGCCAUAGAAUUCAAUGCUAAAAAAGAGAAAUAG